ACACAACAUGUCGGAAGCGAUUCAAGACCCGGCAAUGGCCGUCGAUACCAACACCCUCAACGACGAAAUCCUCCUCGCCGCAACCAACCACGACAACGAAGCAUUGAAAAAGCUUCUCAAGACUGGAUCGGCAAGAAUUCAAGAUCCCGAAACUGGCUUCUCUCCUCUCCACGCAGCGAUCGCAUCAUGUGAAGCCGAUACCGACAUGAACGAGGAGGCUGGUGUGGAGGGUGAGGGAGACGCAGUACACAGCAAUGCUCUCGAAGAGGACGCUGCUCUUGCGACUGUGCAAUUGCUGAUCGAGAACGGCGCAAUCUGGAACGACCUGGACAAGAACGAUGAGACUCCGGGAUGCAUUGCGCACAGACUUGGAUUGAAGAAGCUGUACCGAGCGAUGGUCACAGCGGGUGUCAUGGCGGAAUUGCUCUUUAGCAGACUCGACCAGUAUGCGCCAUUGGCGGACGAGGAUGAAGAUGAAGAGAUGGAGGAUGACAAUGCAAUUGCUGGAUUUGAGCCGACUCCAAGCGAGCUCAUGCAGACCGACGAGAACGGCGAGCAAUCCGAAGUCAAGCUCGCCAACCCUAAUGUCAACAACGAAGACUACCUCCGCUCGGAGCUGAUCUACUCGCCUGGCCGCCUCCUCGACUCCGACAAGAACGCUGUCAUGAUGGACUGGGAGACGGAGAUCAUGAAGGCUUCUGCGGAUAAGCUGUGCCCGAAGAAGGGUCUGCGGACCAUGAACAUUGGUCAUGGAAUGGGGAUUGUGGAUACCAUGUUCCUCGCGAAUGAGCCAGAAAUGCACUACAUCGUUGAGGCACACCCGGCUGUUAUGAAGCAAAUGCGCGAGACCGGCUGGUACGAGAAGAAGAACGUCAGGGUCUGCGAGGGCAGGUGGCAGGAUGUGCUACCGAAGCUGGCUGCUGAGGGUGUUGUAUUGGAUGCCAUGUACUAUGACACGUACGCUGAAGACUAUUCUGAUCUUAAGGAGUUGUUUGAGGAGCAUGUCAUCGCUCUGCUCGAUAGCAAGGGCAAAUUUGGCUUCUAUAACGGUCUUGGAGCGGAUCGUCAGAUCUGCUACGAUGUCUACACCGAGGUCUCAGAGGAGCAUCUGAAAGAAGCCGGCUUCGAUGUCGAAUGGACGGUCCUUCAAGUGCCCAACCUCAAGGGAGAGGACGAUCCAGGCGCUUCGUGGAAGGGCAUCCGCCGGUCAUACUGGGAGGUGCCAGAAUACCGCCUUCCGACCUGCACGUUUAUUGGAUGAAGCUGAUCACCGUCUCGCUCAUGGAUCAUCUGCUCGUCGUCUCAUCGUCGCGGC